AUGGACGAUUCUAACGAAGUAGUUGUCAAUAACGACGAUGACGAAGAAGCAGAAGUAGAAGCACCAAAAAGACAACGUAAAAUCAGAAGAAAUGUUGAUCGGGGCUCAAGAACAAAACAAUCAAGCACAAUUGGUGCAGGAGACUAUGAAAUCCCAAAGAGAGACCUCAGAACAAGAUCCAAGAAGAUUGACUACUCUGAGGAAACACAAACCGUUGAAGAACAAGAAGAUGAAGUUGUUCCAGAAGAACCUCAAGAAGAGGAGGAACCUUCUGAAGAGGAAGAAGAAGUUAAACCAAAACGUACAGUCAGAAGAAGAGCAACAACAACAACAAAACCUAAAGCAAGAACUACACGUGGUGGACGUCGUGGUGCAAAAUCCAAAAAGGUUGAUUCGGAUGAUGAUGAUGUUGUUGUUAUGGAUGAUGAUUCUGAUGAAGAAGAGAGCUCUUCAUCCGAAGAGGAAGGUGAAACAACAGAAGAACUCGGUGCUGAUGAAGGACCUACCGUUUUUAUGGAUCAAGAUAAAGACGAUGUAAUAGAAUUAAUUUUAGCUUGUCGAGUAAAGAAAGAAGAAGAAGAAAUACAAGAUGACGAAGAAGAAGGUUCCGAAGAAAAGAAAACUAAUAGUGGCGAGGAAACAAUAGAAUAUUUGUGUAAAUAUAAGAACAAAUCUUACUUGCACUGCGAGUGGAUACCUAGGUACGAGCUGGAUGAUGAUAUUCAAACCAGAAACAAAAUCAAUAGAUUCAACAAGCAAUAUGAUGUCAAGUAUUUUGAAGGAUUGGAAGAAUAUUUCAAUCCUGAAUUUACAGAAGUAGAGCGUAUCAUUGAUCGUGGUGUUUGGGAUGACUCUGAAGUUUAUUGUGUAAAAUGGAAAGGUCUUACAUAUAGUGAAUCAACUUGGGAAUUUGAAAAUAAGAUUGAAGACAAGGAAAAGAUUGAGCAAUACAAGAGGAUUAAUAAAUUGCCAACACCAGAAGAUAGAAGAAUACCUGCAAGACCAGCUCCUCACAAAUUCAAAAAGUUAGAAGAAUCACCAUCAUUUAGAGAUGGUAAUCAAUUGAGAGAAUACCAAUUAGAAGGUUUGAAUUGGUUGGUAUUUUGUUGGUAUCAGAGAAGAAAUUCAAUUCUUGCCGACGAAAUGGGUCUCGGUAAAACUGUUCAAACAGUUGCAACACUUGAAUAUUUGAGAGCUUUUGAACAUAUUAGAGGUCCAUUCAUAGUUAUUGCACCUCUUUCCACUGUUGAACACUGGAAGAGAGAGUUUGAAAAUUGGACAGAUAUGAAUGUUCUUGUAUUCCAUGGUAAUACUCAAUCAAGAGAGGUAAUGAAGAAUCAUGAAUUCUUCUUCAAACAUCCAAAGACUGGUAACUUAAUUUAUCAUCAAAAGACAUACAAGUUUAAUGUACUCAUUACAACUUAUGAAAUUGUCAUGGCUGAAUCAUCUUACCUUUCAAAGAUACCUUGGCAAUAUUUGGUUGUUGAUGAAGGUCAUAGAUUGAAAAAUCACAACUCAAAAUUGGCACAAAUUCUUAAGAAUUUUAACGCUGUACACAAACUUUUGCUGACUGGUACUCCUAUUCAAAACAAUCUAACAGAAUUGUUCUCAUUGCUACAAUUCUUAGAUCCUGAGACUUUUUAUGAUCUUGAUGUUUUCUCAGAGGAAUAUGGAAAUUUGGGUGAGUCUGGUUCUGAGAAAUUGGAAGGACUACAUAAGUUAAUUUCUCCAUACAUUCUUAGAAGAUUGAAGGAAGAUGUAGAAAAGAGUAUUCCUCCAAAGGAAGAAAUUGUCGUUGAAGUUGUCCCAACCUCAAUUCAAAAAGCAUACGAACAGGCUAUUUUCAAGAGAAAUAGAGAAUUUUUAAUGAAGGGUGUCUCCAAAUCACAAAAUGUUCCAAAGUUAAACAAUGUUCUUAUGGAAUUGAGAAAAGUUUGUAACCAUCCAUUCUUGAUUAGUGGUGCUGAAGAAAACAUUACCAGAGGUAUGAGUGACGUGGAAGUUAAUGAGGCUCUUAUUAAAUCAAGUAGUAAGAUGAUUCUUGUAGACAAGCUCUUGAGAAAAUUGAGAGAAGGUGGCCAUAAGGUUCUUAUUUUCAGUCAAAUGGUUCUCGUAUUGAACAUUCUUGAAGAUUACAUGAGGUAUAGAAACUUUACCUAUGUAAGACUCGAUGGUACCAUUAAGGGAUCAAUCAGACAACAAGCUAUUGAUAGAUUUAAUGAUCCUAACAUUGAUACAUUUGUAUUUUUAGUUUCCACCAAAGCAGGAGGCGUAGGUAUUAACUUGACUUCUGCUGACACUGUCAUUAUUUAUGACAGUGAUUGGAAUCCUCAAAAUGACUUGCAAGCCCAAGCUAGAUGUCACAGAAUUGGUCAAACCAAGGAAGUCAAGAUUUAUCGUCUUCUUACCAAGAAUACAAAGGAAAAGGAAAUCUUUGAAAGGGCUUCAAUGAAGUUAGGUUUAGAUAGAGCUGUUUUGUCAUCAAAUAAUGAAUUUGUCCAAUCCACUUCCAAGUCUAGUACGCAAAACAAACCAGCACUUGAAAAAGAAGAAAUUGAACUUUUACUAAGACAUGGUGCUUAUUCUGCUUUCAAGAUUGAUGAUACAGAAGAACAAAAAUUGUUGAUGGACGAAGAUAUUGAUACCAUCAUGGAAAGAACAGCAACUAUUGUCAGAUAUGAUCAAGCUAAACCAUCAGAAUCUAAUGGAUUUUCUAACUUUUCUAAAGCUACAUUCUGCUUCUCUGAAGACAUGGAAUGGGAAAAUUUACUUCCACGUGAAAAGACAGCUUCAGGUUUGAUGAAAUUAUUGAGUGAAGAUUCUUCUUUGGAUACUGAAGAACAAAAAAAGGAAUAUCUCAAUGACGUAAAGGCACUUGUAGAUAUCAAGAUUCAUGAAAUUGAAAAGUUCAAAUAUAAGCCAGAUGAUGAAUUGGCAACUCUUCUUACUCAAAUGAUGUAUGCCAGAUUGUUAGAUGAAGAUCACAAACAACAAGCAAAGGCAUGGUUAUCAAUUCUUGAACAACCAAGGUUGAGAAAUGGUUCAACUCGUAAUGAAGAGUCUGAUCAAUCAGAUGACGACUCUAAAGAGACUGUCUCAAAGAAAAAGGCUGGAGGUUGGUAUAAGGCUGAAAGACAAAGAUUCCAAAAGUCUUUAUUGGAAGUUGGUUGGGGUAAAUGGGGAACUAUUAGAGAGAACAAACUUCAUGCUCAUACUAUUGAAGAUAUUCAUUCUCUUGCUGAAAGUUUUGUCAGUCAACUUAUUACUAUGUGUGAUGGCGAAAAUGAUGUCGACUUCCUCAAGAUUUUGUUGCAAUCCUCAACAGUGCCUGAAGAUAAUGACGAUUUACCAAGUUCUUCCUUAAAGAUUGAGCUCAAAAACACACCAGCAAGAGCUGGUGAUAUCUUGAAGGUUCAUUUACCUAAAGAUGCUGAUCUUUCCACUUCAAGUAUUGAAAUUAUUAAGAUUGCUCAACAAGAAGCAAGAGUCUCCAAGAAGAAGAAAGCCAAAUCUCAAGCAAGCAGUUCCAAGAGUUCCGGUAAGAACCUUUGCGUUAGAUUCUACGAAUUGAAGGAAAAGGAUAAGGAAGGUGAUGUUUGUGAAUUAUAUGCUCCUGGUGUUGGUGGUGAAUAUUUUGUAAGGUUGAAUUAUAACGGACUUUCCAAGGCAAGUAAAUCAUUCGAAGUCCAAGGUGUUCAUCCAGUAUUAGAAGAUAAGGAGUGGAUUGAACAAGCCAAAAGAGCUGUAAAGACUUGGGUCAAAAAGCUCAAGUUUAAUUUGCGUCUCACAAAGAUUCUUGAAGCUUUUACAAAGUUGACCACUGAUAAUAUUCCAAAGGUGGGCAUUAAGGCUCCUACAGACUGGUGGGAUAGGGAAUGCGAUAGGGACUUAUUAGUUGGUUUUGAUUUAUAUGGCUAUGGUCGCUUUGAUGAAAUGAAAGAAGACACCUCUCUUUGCUUUAAGGAAAAACAUGAAGAGCACAUGAAAAAGGCAAAGAGUAGAAAGGAAAAGAAGGAUGCUGGCUCUUGGCCAACUAUUGCUGUGGUUAACAAACGUGCUAACAAACUCAUGGAAUUAUUAGUUAAGGAAAAGGAUAUUUCUAUUCUUGCAGAACUUAAAUCUAAUGAAAAUGAUAAUGAUGAUUUGGCUUUUGAAGAAACUGAAAUUUCUGAACCAAAAACAAUUGUUGACUCUUGGAGUAAGAGAGAAAAGGCAGAUAUCCAAAGGACACUUAUCAACUUUGGUUUAUGUCCAGCUGAAUCAUCUGGUGAGCCUAACUAUGCCAAAAUUAUUUCAUUGGCCAAUUUGAGAAAAACUGAAAGUGCUGUAAAGACCUACGUUACUCACUUGGUAAAAGCAGCAAAAAUACUUAACAAUGAAGAAGAAGAGAAGGAUACUAAAGAAUCCAAGAAGAAAGAUUCAAACAAGCCAACAACUGAUGAUUUGGCUCCAGGUACUGCAAAGAAAUUAAUUCAAAGAAUUGAUAUAAUGAAUAGUCUUUAUACACUUGUUUAUCCAAACUGGGAUGAAUAUAAGAGCAAGAUGAAAUACUUGAAACCAACAGGUUCAGGUUUACCUAAAUGGUGGAAGUCAGAAGCACACGACAAGGAACUUAUCAGAGGUAUCAAGAAACACGGGUUUGAUUUUAAGAAGUUGUUUGAAGAUAAGGAGUUCAAGUUUGGAUCAAAGGAUUCACCAAGAGAGGGUCUACUCCUUUCACGUAUUGAAGAAAUUAUUUCUUUAUUAAGAAAGAUUGAUGUUCAAGGAUCACCUUCAAAAGCUAAAUCGGCUUGGAACUUUACUCCAAAGAAGAAACAUGUACUUCUUAAAUCACCACCACUCAAGGAAAAGUCUGCUCCAAAAAGAAAAGUCAAGCGUCAAACAACUCUUGAUUUCAAGAAUACUGAAGAUACAAGCGAUCCAAUUGAAGAUUCAAGUGACAGAGAUGAGGACAAGAUGCAAGAUGAUGAUGUUAAGCUAUCUAAAUCUGAAUCCUCAGAACCAUCUUCAUCACAAUCUGACGUGCCAACCAUUGUUGAGGAUGUUUUGAAGAAGAAGAUUCCAAAGAAGAUCCCAAAGAAGGAAGAAUCACAACCAGAAGCCUCCAGCAGUUCUAGCAGUGGAAAUGGUACACCACUUAAAAGAAAGAAAGAAGAUCAUCACGAAGAUGAGGAUCAUCAUACCCCAAGAAGAGGUGAGUAUGAGCCAAAUGAUAAGAAGAGAAAGAUGGGUUCCUCUCCAGCAGAUCACAAAUAUUCUCCAUCUCACCAUAGAGAAAACAGAGACUACAGAGACCGUGAUGAUAGAAGAGACAGUAGAGAUAGAGAGAGCUAUCGUGAUGAUAGAAGAGACAGUAGAGAGUACAGAAGAGACAGGGAUGGCAGAGACUAUCACAGAAGGUAA